AUGGCAAUUCAACGUGAUCCACGUAUAGGAAACUGUACUAUUCCAACAAAAAGUAGAACCGAAGUCAAUGUUCGUAUUCUACUUAAUAAAUGUGAACAAAUAGCAAAAGAUGAGCAAUUGGAUUCUAAUUCACGACUAAAACAAUAUGUUCAAAACCUGGAAAGUAUGAUCAAUGAACUGAAAGCCGAAUGUCCAGAAAAACCCCCCAAAGAAUUGCCAGACUAUGUCAAAAGAGUAACAUUUUUGAAAGGGUUGAUACAAACUGCAACUUUAAACAGUCCAAUAGAAAAGCUAGAAGCUGUCCAGUUGCUUUCUCAUGGCGCAGCCACUAUGUCUGUUGAUGCUUCUGCACAAGAAAUUCAUCAGAAAACGGUAUCUAAGUAUGGUCUUGAGUUGCGGUCUGAAUUGUUUGGGCCAGAAGAUAGUGAUGACACAUUAAGAAGGCGAAAUAUUAUUAAGGCUCCAAACUUUACAAGAAAUAGCAGUAGUCAAGAGGAUAUUGACUCACUUUUAAAAUAUCAUCAAAAUAUGCAAGAAAAAGUUGCUGAAAACAUGGUUUUACUCACUAAGAGUUUAAAGGAACAAUCACAGAUUGCCAGUAAAAUUAUCAAAGGUGACACAGAGGCAUUGAAAAAAUCGUCUAGUCUAACGGAUAAUAACCUAACAUCAUUAAAAGUGGAGUCUGAAAGACUUCAAGAGCACAGUCGGAGUGCAUGGAAGUGUUGGCUGUGGUUGAUGCUGGCUGUCGUUAUGGCAAUAUUUAUAAAUAUGGUCCUCUUCAUGAAAGUGAUGAAGAAAAGAAAAAUUGAUCUAUAA